CGCCGGCUCGCCCUCUCGCUGUCUCACAAGGAAGAAAAGCUCUCUUUGUCGAAGCCAGAGAGAUCAUUCACUCUGUGAAGGGGAGCAGUAGGGGUAGGAGCCCGCAGCCUUUCCCUGCGCACACAUUUCUGUUUCUUAGACAUGCGAGUGAUGAAAUAUGCCCUUCGCAGCCCACCCUUGGAGAUGUCUCUGAGCGCAGGGACGGACCCAGCAUGAACUCCGCUCAGCAUCAACUUCUCACCGGGGAGCAACGGGAAGCGGGGACGCCGGAGGCUCUUCUGCCGAUUUAAACUUAACGAAGAUUGAGGGGGGAACUAGUUGGAGUUGGCGCUUCAAAGACAUCAUUGCCUGCGUUUGGUUUCUCUUGGUUUAAUCGGAUCACUGAAUCUGGACGCACUGAAGCUGAGGGGCGCAUCUUUGCAUUUUGAGUGUCAAUAAACUAACAAAAAAUAAACCGGUAUUAUUUUCUCACUUUUUUUUUUUAUUCCCUGGAUUUGUUUCUGACUCCUGACAAUCCUGCGCAAUUUGCGCGCUGCGCGACUUUUUCAGCCCCACCAUCCGUCCUCCCUCCAGUCCGAAGAGAAUGAGGUGUCGCUGGGUGAAGCAUGAGCCGUCAGAGGAUCAGUCAUAAGCGGCUGUCUCUGCUAUGGAAGGGGCUGCUGGUCCUCUGCCUGUGGCUAUGCUGCGGCUGGACCUCCGGCGCGGCCGCGCAGGGCGAAGGCGCCCCCGGCUCCCUGGAGUGGCUGCUGUCGGAUAAAGGACCCUUCCACCGCUCGCUGGAGUUCCAGGAGGCUCUGGAGAGAUACCAGCAGGGCUUCAGCACCCGAUACAAGAUCUAUAGGGAGUUUGGUCGAUGGAAGGUCAAUAGCCUGGCGGUGGAAAAGCGAGACAGUUUUGGUGGCAGUGGAGGUCUAGCUUGGCCCCUUGACCCAGACUUCAUGCACGCCAUCCGCCAGCUGGGGAGGCGCCCGACUCUCCAGAUGAUUACAGAGAGUCUAAUCAAGAAAUACGGGACCCACCUCCUUCUCUCCGCCACCCUGGGAGGAGAGGAGUCUCUGACAAUAUUUGUGGACAAAAGGAAGCUCAGGCUGGAGUCGUCGCCCUCGGGGGCCGAAGGCAGCAGCAGGAGCUCCAACAUGACGGGGGCAGUGACUCUGGAGGCCCUCCACCAGCUGGCUGCUUCCUACUUCACGGACAGAGAGAGCACCCUGCGCAAGCUCCACCACCUCCAGAUAACAUCCAGCGCUAUACGGGUGACAGAAACGAGAACCGGGCCUCUCGGAUGCAGCAACUAUGACAAUCUGGACACGGUCAGCUCUGUUCUGGUUCACAGCCCUGAAAACAAGGUUCAGCUGCAAGGGUUGCAGGUUAUCCUUCCAGGAUACCUACAAAGUCCUUUCAUUCAGGCGGCCCUCAACUACAUUGGCUGCAAGUCAGAGGGCCAGUUUGUUUGCCGGAACAACGACUGCUGGUGUGAGUGCAGCGUCGACUUCCCUCAGUGCAACUGUCCUCACUCUGACCUGGACACUUUGGAAAACAGCCUGCUGCACAUCAGAGAUGGACUGAAGCUGGCCAACAAAGAGUUUGAAGAAUCUGAGGAGUUCCUCGGCUUCGUUGGGAAACUGCCGGUCCACUACGCCGUCAACACAUCUGUCGUGGAGUACCUGUGGAGGAUGGAUGCAGGCCUUCUGCAGCGCUACAGGCAGCUGGAGAGCAGCAGCAAGCAGCUCCUCGCCAGAGCUCGCCGCACGACUAACAAGCUCUUCAGCCUCAGCAAGAGGUGCCGAAAGCCGCCGAGGAUUAUCCUGCCGAGGCCGAGGACCCUGCACUUCUGGUUGAACUACGCUCUCUCCAUGUUGUACUGCAGCGAGAACAAGCAAGUCGGUGUUUACAGUGAGAAGAGCCACAGCUGCUCCUGCCCCUACGAGCACCCGCCGUGCCAGGGCCUAUUCCCCUGCUCCGUGGGGGAUGGUCCCCGCUGUGCCUCCUGUUCUACGGAAAACCGCACUCGAUGCUCCAGCUGUAACCCAGGAUUCACCCUGACCCAAGGGGUCUGCCGCCCCGCGGUGCCCGACUCCACUGACCCUUACCUGGGCAUGGAAAGCGACAGAGAUCUGCAGGAUCUGGAGCUGCGCUUCCUGAUCCAGCGGCGUGACCUUCGGCUGGCUCUGCACGGCGUGUUUGUGAGCAAUGACGUGCGCAUAAACACCUGGUUCGAUCCCUCUUGGCGAAAGAGGAUGCUGCUCACGCUUAAGAGCAACAGAGUGAAAUCCAAUCGAGUUCACAUGCUCCUCGGACUCACCUUGCAGUUUUGCCUCACCAGGAACAGCACUCUGGAGCCAACACUGUCGCUGUUUGUCAAUCCAUUUGGCGGCAGCCAUUCUGAGAGCUGGACCAUGCCCAUAGGUCAACAUGGUUACCCUGACUGGGAUCGGAUCAAGCUGGACAUCCCCCUGGACUGCUACAACUGGACACUGACUUUGGGAAACAGGUGGAAAAGCUUUUUUGAGACAGUUCAUUUUUAUUUGAGGAGUUACAGCCGGGACUCUGCAGGAGGAAAUAAGAACGCGAGUGUGUACAACGACCCCCCUGAGGACUCCGAGCCCUCCAACAACAUCGGCUACAUGAAGGUCAACAGCAUGCAGCUUUUUGGGUACAGCGUGCACUUUGACCACGAAGCCAUCCAGGACCUGAUCCUGCAGAUAGACUACCCGUACACUCAGGGAUCACAGGACUCAGCGCUGCUGCAGCUGGUGGAGCUACGCUACAGGGUGAACCGCCUCUCUCCCCCGGGGGGGCCACACGUGGACCUGUUCGCCUGUCUGCUCCGUCACAGGCUCAAACUGUCCAGCGCCGACGUGACGAGGAUACUCACUGCCCUGCAAGCUUUCAGUGCCAAACAUCCAAACUACACAGAGUACGAGGCUAACAAACUCUGCAGCUAAUGGCUCCCCUCUUGAGGAUUUUUACUCUCGUCUUGCCACAGACAGACUUGUAUCCAUGGGCAGUUGGAUCAUAUCGUGUCAUGCGUGUGGUAUCUUGUUUACGGCUGUGCUGUACAUACACAAUGUGCAAUUAAAUUUGAUGUUUUUUUUAUAUUUUCGCUGUAGAUUAUUGGAG